AUGUUUGACGUAAAGGUAUUCGUUAUACUAUUUUAUAUACAAUUUUCUACUGGCCAGACCAAAACCGUCGAUACCGACAACAUUCAGAAUAUCCUCAUGGACGAAGAAAGAAACGCUAGAUGUUGCGCCCAGCACAUGGACUGCUGUAAAAAUUCAUCGGAAACCACCAGUUUCGAAGUAAGAGCUUUGUUUAUAAAAUGCGUGAAUUCGGAGCAAAGUUGUGAAAAAUCGGCUUCGUACAUGCGCAAAACGUGCGAGAAAAGCGACGAGCAAUUCGAAAAUACGUUGAGAAAUGUACCUCAGGAGAUAUCAACGUGCGACAAGAAGAUAAAAUUGACUGUGAAGUUGAAAAACGUGGGAACCACGAAUAUCAAAAACCAGUACAUUAUUAUAGACCACGUGUUCGAUCCGCUGACGGAGAAGAAGCAAAAGUUACUGAAUCCCUAUGUGCUUAAAAUAAAGCAAGAACCGAUAUUGCAGAUUUACGGGUUAGCCUUUGAGAAUAUGGUUAAUUCCGAAGCUAAGGAGAAAGUGGUGAAUAAAAACGAUGAAGGAUAUACUGGGUGUAGCGUGGACGCCGACCAAAACCCGACGUGCGGCGCGAUGAAAUACGAGGACGAAGUCGUUCCUUACAGCACUGGCUUCUGCUGCCCCUGCACCAACGACCAUAUCGAACAAAAUACGGAGGACACGAACUUUACAAGCGACGGUAACGACGACGACAUGAACCCGAAGAAAACGAGAAACGCUUAUAGUAAUAUCGAUGUAGCCAGCUACAAUAAACGUAAUAACGACCAUUAUGAAUUUACUGGUAAAGCCGGCAAAGCCAAAGAAGAUGCCGUGGCAAUAAAUGCAGCCGAUAAUGGAGAUAAUGCCGGGCUCUUUCAAAGUGCAAACGACCAAAGAUUAAUACCUUUCAGCGAUAAAAUACACUUCGUACAGAAACGAGGCGGGCAAGACUGCAGCGACAACUACACCCCUCCCAACGUAAACCCAGACACUUACCACGACAGCACGCAUUGCUUAGAAUUUUCCGACUUGUGGUACAGCGUUUACUGCAUCCAGAAACCCAGGUUGUUCCACUCCCUCCAAUUCCAGAUCUACGAAAAGUGCCAGGACCACGACGGAAGCUUCAAAUGGACAGACCUCACCAACAAUUCCGCAGUAACCAUCGGAACCGACGACAAAUUUUACGCGAACGAAGAAAAUACGCUCAUCGCCAGCUACAUGGCGAGGGACGUUAAUCCCUGCAUGUUCUCUAUAAAUUAUAAAAUCAAAAAACUGUUGAUCCCCGACGCUUCUAAAAUCGUCGUCAACGACAGUUACCCUGAGCUUAAGGGCGGCCCUGAGCAGUACUUGGUGGUCAACGAGAAUCAAGUACAAACCAACGGUAAAUCUUGUAACACCGCAGGUGUCGGGUACGAAGCCUUCGUGAAACAACCAAACCGUUGUUCUAAACCCAAAGGAACUUGUCUGCACAAACAACCCAAGCAUUUGUUUACCCACGACCAGGAAGCCGAAACUGAAGGAAAGAACGGUUCUUACUUCCUUAAGUACCACGGAUCUUUAGCCGAUGAUCCUAUCGAAUCAACUGAGAAUUCCCCAAAUAAAACCUUGAGGAUGCUGUACACUGAAUCCUACACUAGCAUACUAGACUUGGAGAUCAAAGCAGAUAACAACGUCGUGUUGCGACCAAAUUCACUGGCCAUCAUCACCGAAGUGUACGUGGACAGUUCCAGCCCUAAAAGGACCUCGAUAAUAGUAAAAGUCUUCAACUCCGGACUAGUCUCGAGUUUAUUCUUCGUAGCUCUAACCCACUGCCCUCUAGACCUACCCGCAAGCUUCAGCAGCAUCACGUCGAAACCGGCCCUUAUAGCGCCUCAGCAACAACACGUUUUCAACUUAAAAAUCGAAUGUCCUCUACCAGCAACCAGCUUCUUCUGCGCAGUGGAAGUUCUCAACGAUAAAGUGGAACUCAUAGCCUUCAGGAAAAUCCGAUUAGAGAAGUUAGACAGGUGUAUUUGCACUUGGCACUGCUUGUGCGCUUGUCUCCUCUCCGAUAAGGGUCUAAAGUGCAAGCCUAUGUCCCUGCAGCACUACCACGCGGCUGGGUUUCAGGGGAGCCUUCCGGUGCCCCUUCACGUGGUGCAUUACACUUUCUGGGACGACGUGCUUUCGAUAAUACUGUACAUCCUGAUAUUCUUGUUCCUGACGCUGCUGAUCAUGGGUCUAGCGAAGGCGAUCGCUGGGUGUUUCAUGGUCGCCGUUGGCCUGUGGGGGCUGGACCAGAUUUUGGACUUGCCAAAGCGCAUGAACCAGUACUACGAAUCGGAUCUGAAGCAUCGAAAAAUUGUCUACGACGAAAACGGCUGGCCGAUACAUCCAGACACGAGAGAGAGGGUGAGGAAUAUAUCCCUACCAGCGGAGUUUUCCCUCAAUACCGUGUUUUUCUUCAUAUAUCCUUUAUAUUUGCUCUGGAUGGCGUUUCAAAGGUUGUGUGUCUCGCCGCAACCGAAAAAUUAUAGCGAGUACGAUCUUUGUACUUGUAAAAGCGAUACUUUGGUUACGAAAAGGGGUAGUAGCCUGCAGGUUAGUUUAAGAAAUGGGGAGGAUUCGAGGCGAAAGGAAAAAGAAAAUAAACCGGAUAAAAUGAAUGAUUCGGUACGUGAACCAAAGUAUGGGGAGGAAAAAGAAGUGGAACCAAAUAUAAAUAAUGAACAGUUAUCUAUCAAUACUGAACCAGCAUAUGGAGAGGAAAAAGAAAAGAAACCAAAUGAAAAGAAUGAACCGUUACCUAUCAAAACUGAACCAGAAUAUGAGGAGGAAAAAGAAGAGAAACCAAAUAUAAAUAAUGAUUCGUUCAAGACCAACCGAAUACGGGAAGGAAAAAAAAAGAGGAGCUAAAUAUAAAGAAUGAACCGUUACGUAUCAAAACUGAACCAGCUU